GUUCCUUACCAUUUAUUUUUUGACUGUCUUUUCAGACAUUUAUGAAUGUGUUAUUCAAUGCGUUACUAUGAGCUAUAGUAGAAAAUGCUUAUUGACCUUCUGAUUUUGUCUCAGUAUCCUAAAAGCAUUCUUGGCAAAUAAACAAGGUAGAAUUACACCACUCCACAAGCCAAAUAAUAUUCCUUAUUGCCAUGUACUGGACUGUACCUAGAGUACAAGGUGCAGAUUUGCAGUGAACAAUUUCACGUCAGAAAAAUAAUGUCGAAAAUCUGGCUUAUGAUUAGCCUCAUAUACAUUAUCUAUUGGUAUCCUUUUAAUUUUGAGAACAUAUAGCUAUUUCAUCAAUAUGCAAAUGAUGUGUGAGUUUAGGACAUAGAGUUAAUCAAAAUAUAAUUUCAAAAUGUACAAAUAAAUCUAAGUUGUUUGUAAAUGUUAGACUCUUAAUAAGAUGGGUGAACAACGGGUGAUCAAAAAAAAGUCCAUACCAGAAGUGGCCAAACUUGCUCCACUCCCUGAUCUACUGGUUGAGCAGACUUCUAUUUCAGCCCAGCAAUAAUACACAUUAUUAUCAACUCAUUAGGAUUGAUACGUUGAAUCAAAUGUAUUAGUGCAGGGUAGGAAGAGAAGCCUGCACACCCAACAUACCUCCAUUGUAUGUUGGGUAACAACAAUUGCUAACAUAAGUACAUCCAAGAAUGUGCCAGCAGUGUCUUGGGACAUUCACUGGGAAUUCUUCAUCUGCAGACAGGCUUUCACAGCUACCCAUAUCUGAGGACAGACAUCACAAAGAAACAGGCAUCAUCAUAUUACAACUAGACAGCCCUGACUAUUAUCUCUCUGUCUGUCUUCAUAGGUUUCCCCUCUAGGGACUAAAACGGGAGAAUAUUUUCAUAAUGUCCUCCCACAACCUGCCCUGUUUAACUAGUAAACCUACUUCCUUUUCCCGACAGCUGCAUAACACCCUUUCACCCUCUUCAUUUGCUGUUAUCUACAAAUGCAUUUGGUGCCUGAGUUUUUAAUUUACAAUGAUAAAUAGGCCUACAUCAAGAUAACAAGCUAAUAUGAAGUCAUGAAUAUGAUAUUUCAAUUAGUUAUAGUAUGUCAAGUUGGCUAGCUAUUUAGCCGAAACACAGUGCCUGGUGUAGCUAGCUAAUAUAUUUUUAAAAAUGUCUAAAUGUAUUUACUUAGCUGAAUAGGUUCACGCCUACACCCACGCCCACAGAGCGGACAAUAUUUUGGAGCGAAGAGAAGAGUUGUCAAGCGGAGGCACCUCUUCUAGACACAGAUUAUCUUUCCACCGGUAUUCUGUCUGCUUUCGAAGGACUUUGUAUUUUACGUAAAGUUCUGGAUAGGCUUUUCUGCACACAAGGAUGUAAUCCAUUGAAAGGACAGUGUGGUCAGAUAUCCAAGUGAAAGUUUGCGUUGUCAUCCCUUUGAGAUGGAGACUCGACUGACAGAAGAAUUUCCACUCUAUAACGGAGCAGCCUUUUGGAUUUAGUCUGCAGCAGCUAUUACGCGGCGCUGGACACCUGCAUCCGACCUGGCCGAGACGGACGGCGUCUACGCGGCUGCCCUGAGAAUAAUAAAGCGCUCAGAAGCGCUUCUUGAACUGAAUCAAUAAUUUCGGCACUCAUGUGAACAGUUGUCAAUCUUACCUCCCCACAGGCAGUCCAUUUAUUGCGCUUUGUUGUGCAGUUCUGUAAAUCGCGGACUGCAGAUAAGCGAUAAUGGACCACGGGUUGAUAUUGCCAUCGGACAUCCGAUGAUAUAGCCAUACAUAGGCUAGAUAAUGGCAAUGCCAUCAUGGGCAUUUGAAUAGUGUCAGCAUCAACUGGAAAAAGUUUGUCUCUAAAUUCAACUAAACUUAAAGAGUUAAACAGGAGAGAACUGUGCCUCCAUCUCACCCCUGUCCAAAUCUGACCUCACAAAGCCAGUAUAAUAGAUCACGGAAUCACCAUGGGUGCAGUACUGUCACUGUCCCCUGCAUCCAGGAAGAAUAGCUACUGCGACACGCGCCCCGAUUCGCUCAACCACUACCCGAGCCUGAGCAGCCGAUCGCUCAACACUCAGAAAGACCACACCGGCGGUCUGAAACGGGGCCAGUCAAUCUUCCUCCCGGCGCUCACCUGGAAACGCCUGGUUGCCACCACCAAGAAACGAGGGGGUUCUAAGAAAUGUUCUGGGGGUCCUGGGUUGCUCGGAGACCCCCUCAACAACAACAACAUUUACCAGAAGGACCCGGUGUUGCAUCUCAACCAGGAGAAUGUCAAGAAGUCUCUAUCCUGUGCCAACCUCUCCAGCUACAACAGGCCAGCGGGACUAGGCCUGGGGAUAGGCUUUGGCCAGGGGCACUGUGGCUAUGAGAUGGGCAUUAAGCCCCAGCAGCUACCCUCCGUCAUAAAAGUGCCCCAUAAAGGAACGGGCGCUUCAUCCCCCAAGCGCGUCAUCAUCCAGGCGUCCACUAGUGAACUCCUCCGCUGCCUGGGUGAGUUCCUGUGUGGCCGCUGCUACCGGCUGAAACACCUCUCCCCUGCGGACCCAGUGCUGUGGGUGCGGUCGGUGGACCGGUCUCUACUCCUCCAAGGUUGGCAGGAUCAGGCCUUCGUGACGCCAGCCAAUGUCGUGUUUGUCUACAUGCUGUGUCGAAAUGUGGUGGAUGGGGACCUGGUGUCGUCGGAGCACGAGCUUCAGGCCACGCUGCUCACCUGCCUCUACCUGUCCUACUCCUACAUGGGCAAUGAGAUCUCCUAUCCACUGAAGCCUUUCUUGGUGGAGGCUGGCAAAGAGGCGUUUUGGGACCGAUGCCUUGCCAUCAUCGACGCCACUAGCACCAAGAUGCUACGCAUCAACGCCGAUCCCCACUUCUUCACCCACGUGUUUGCCGAGCUUAAGAGUGAGGGGGGCUGCGGCCCACAGGACUACAGCAGAGUGCUGGACCGGUGAGAGGAGGGGUACAACCCCCCCAAUCCCCAUCCCCCAUUCCCCUAUCUGCCAAACAUUUCCCCCUCCUGUCCCCUACAUCCAAGCAGGUAACACAGGGGGGAAGAAAACCACUGGCCUACCAUGACUGCGGUCUGUAUGGUCACUGACACGGUUGGAUAUUCCAUCAGCUGCUUGUCAUGACCCCCCCCCCCCACCUGGUAUUCAAAUCUUACCUUAUGAGGUCCGGAGCCUGCUGGUUUUCUGUUCUACCUGAUAAUUAAUUGUACCCACCUGGUGUCCCUGUUGUAAACCAGUCCCUAAUUCGAAGGUGCUUCGAGGUCCAGAGUUGAGUUGCACGGUGUUAUUGUAUAUCACAGGUAGAGGUCGACCGAUUAUGAUUUUUCAACGCAGAUACCGAUAAUUGGAGGACCAAAAAAAGCCAAUCGGACUAUUUUU